AUGAAUCCCUCGUCUACUCCACGACACCCUGAUCGCUUCAAGCUUGGAGCUGGUGAUUCAAUCCCAUCGUCCUCGCCCGCAUUUGGGACUCCAGCUCGACCAUUUCGAAUGCAAAAGACCUCAGCUCCACCUACCAAGGCAUCUAUAUUACCGAUUCUGCUUCCUCCAUCUACACUUCGCCCAGUAGCUUUCCGAACAUUCACCCGAAAGCACAAUCUGACAAUUUCAUCUUCGGCACUGCAAACAUUGGCAGUCUUCGUGGGAAAGAACUGUGGCUCAGGAUGGCGCGAAGAAGGACUUGCGGAGAGAGUCUUGGAUGAGGUAGCCAAGAGCUGGAAAAGAGCCGGCGGAAAUGUGAUCGUGGAAGAAGGGAAAGGUGCUUCUCUCAAGUCUAUUCUACAAACUAUUGAGGGGAGUAUGAGUGGAGGCAGGGUUGUCGCAGGGAAAGCAAAUCCCCAAGACGCUUCUGUAAGGUCACUAAGCGCUGGCUUGGAUGCCGGACGGAGUGAAACUAGCAGUGAUGGAACAAGAGCAGGUGGUGCAGAGGAAGACGAAUCUAAACUUCCCCUACAUCCACGACAUUGGCUUAAGGUCAUCGAGGCUUUUGACCUUCCUCGGUUGACGUAUAACGUUGACAAGAAAUACUUCGAGGCUAUCAAGUCCAAACCUACUCUAUUCCCAUCCCCUGCGCACAAAACCUCUCUUUUCCGAGAUCGUUACAACCUAGUCUACCAGAGACUGCUUCGUAACGAGUCAUUUCAAAGUUCCUUGAGCUUUUCAGGCAUUCCUUCUCUGCAACGAUCAUCGUCAAACCUGGCAGCCCAGCAAUCCUACAAAUUAACACCAAUUGCAAAUCUGCUGGGUCGAAAUGGAAGCUCGCAUCUUUUGCUGGGACUAUUAUCUAUUUCUCCUACUGGUGAUCUGACCCUUGUGGACUUGACAGGUAGCGUGGUUCUAGAUCUGAGUCAUGCUCGCAUGAUCCCAGAGGAUGGUGCGUGGUUCGCACCUGGUAUGAUAGUGCUUGUUGAUGGAAUCUACGAAGAAGAAGAGAUGGUCAAGGGAUCUGUACUUGGAGGAAACUCUGGAGUUGGUGGUACAAUUGGUGGGCACUUUGUCGGUGUAUCGAUAUGUGGCCCCCCUUGUGAACGCAGAGAUAUCUCACUAGGAACAAGCAGUCGUCAAGGUACUGGCGAAGUGAGCUCCAGUGGUGGAUUUGGAUGGGUUGAUUUCAUGGGAGUUGGGAGUGAGCGUGCGCAGGGUGCUCGGAUGAGGAGAAUCCAAGAAAAAUCCCUAAGAGGUGAACCAGAGGCGAUGGAAGCACCGCCUCGAUUGAAGAUGGUUGUGAUGAGCGAGGUCAACCUCGAUAAUAUGAAAACUUCCGACGCACUUCGAAAAGUUUUCAGCAUCUACAAUGACCUAGCACUCGUGGAUCGACCUCAAACCUUUGUGUUGGUUGGCAAUUUUGUGCAAAAACCGAUCAUCAAUGGUGGUGGUCGAGCUGGGAGUAUCGAAUACAAAGAGCAUUUCGACUCCCUAGCAGUUGUCCUAUCCGAGUUUCCAGCACUGUUGCAACAUUCGACCUUUGUAUUCAUCCCUGGGGACAAUGACCCCUGGGCGUCUGCAUUCUCAGCAGGUGCUGCCUCAACUAUACCGCGACAGCCGAUUCCGGAGCUAUUCACAUCACGAAUCAAGCGCGCAUUCGCAACCGCGAAUUCAGAACUCGAUCGAUCUCAGACCUCCGAACCCGCGGGAGAAGCUCUCUGGACCUCGAACCCAGCACGUCUUUCUUGGUUUGGAUCUGUGCAUGAGAUUGCCAUUUUCCGUGAUGACAUUUCAGGCAGGUUGCGUCGUACAGCGAUUGAUAUGCAUAAAGAAGCGGAAGAUGAUGCCACCAUGCACGAAACGCUAGACAGCGCAACAAGUGAUGCCGUUUCGGUAGCCCCAGCGAUGGCUGAUCAAGCAAAUAAGACCAAGAGCGAUAUCAUAUCGUCCGGUGCAUCCGCAGCCCGGAAAUUGGUGAAGACCAUCCUAGAUCAAGGAACCCUUUCGCCAUUUCCAUUGCCCGUGCGGCCAGUCUUGUGGGACCAUGCUUCUGCAGUCCAGUUGUAUCCAUUACCCACAGCCCUGGUUCUGGCUGAUUCGGAGGUCGCACCUUUCUGUAUGACCUACGAGGGAUGUCAUGUCAUGAACCCUGGACGUUUCCUGCCGGAGGGUACUUCACCAACGGUGAGAUGGAUUGAAUAUGAUGUGUUCCGCAGCCGAGGAAAGGUCAAGGAGGAGCGGUAUUAA